GUUUCGGGCUGUAUGUCACACUAUCGUGGGACAUCUGCAGGCAGCGGACCUAACUUCGACUCCUGCUUCAUCGAUAUCAAGUCUGUUUAUCCGCGAUCAGCUGUGGUGUUUGAGUUUACUCAAUCCACUGGAAUACUCCCUACUGAAGUGUCACCAUGGCCAAGUUUGCCGUGGGCGAGAAGGCUGAUGCCAUCAAAGAGAUGGUGCAAACGGACACAACCACCAACCGAGUGAGGAAUUUUGUCAUCCAAGGUGGGCCGAGACUGUCAUCUGCCACGAGGCAAUACCUCUUCGACAAACUGCCCAUUAUACAGUGGCUUCCUCGCUACCACCGGUCAUGGCUGCUUCAAGACUGCAUUGCUGGGCUCACCAUCGGCGUGAUGCUCAUCCCGCAAGGCUUGGCCUACGCGAAGAUCGCCACCAUUCCGAUUGCGCAUGGCCUCUACUCGAGUUGGCUUCCUGCUGCUGUAUAUGUGUUCAUGGGGACUUCUAAGGACCUCUCAACGGGACCUACAUCCAUUCUGGGUCUCCUCACUGCACAAAUCGUUGACAGUUACUCAAAUGAAUACGAUGCAGCAGCCAUUGCCAGCGCCGUUGCUUUCAUGGUCGGGGUUUACUCCCUAGCUUUGGGUGUGCUCGGUCUCGGCUUCAUUCUCGACUACGUCUCUGUCCCCGUGCUCACUGGAUUCAUCUCAGCAACGGCCCUCACCAUCGGGUUUGGCCAAGUCGGCAGCCUUGUCGGCCUGAGCGAUACCCCUGACGGAGUCUUUGACAUUAUCGGCGACGUCCUGAAACGGCUACCAGACUGGGAUGGACCAACGUGCGGUAUUGGCAUCGGCACCAUUCUCAUUCUGAUUGCCCUGGAGAAGAUGGGAAAGAAAUGGGGCAAGCACCACUUCUCUAUCAAGUACAUCUCCAGCAGUCGAGCUGUCAUUGUGCUGUUCAUCUUCACCCUUAUCAGCUACCUCGUCAACAAAGACCGAGAUGAUCUCCUCUGGGCCAUCAGCAAGGUCGAAGCACAUGGCGUCAUUCCUCCGAAGGCUCAUGAUCCUAGUUUGAUCGCGAAAGUUGCAACACGUGCCGUAGCUCCGCUCGUGGCUUGCACCCUGGAGCAUCUCGCUGUCGGGAAGGCUUUUGGUCGCCGCAAUGGCUACACCAUAGAUCAAAGCCAGGAGCUCAACUAUCUCGGCAUUACAAACUUGGUGAACUCCUUCUUUGGUGCUAUGGCAGUCGGUGGUGCCAUGUCUCGCACAGCCAUCAACUCCGAGUGCCGAGUCAAGAGUCCCCUGAACGGUCUCGUCACCGCUGCAUGGAUUCUACUGACACUGUUCGUAUUUUCACCGGCUCUCUACUGGAUUCCCAAGACAACUCUUUCUGCAAUUAUCAUCAUGGCAGUUUUACACCUCUUCGGUCCAGUUUCGGCUUUCUAUCGGUACUGGCGCGUGUCUCUGGCCGACUUCAUCGCCUCUAUGCUUUCAUUCUGGAUCACGAUCUUUGUGUCGGCAGAAAUCGGAAUCGGAGUUGCUGCGGCAUGGAGUGUAGCCUGGACCAUGCUCCGAUCGGCCUUUGUCACACCAGAAUUCCGCACCAGCGUCGACGAAGACGUCUCGCUCCCACAGCCUGCUACUCACAAGUACAGCCCUACUGCCACUCGCACCGAACACGCCGGGAUAUAUAUUCCAGGAGACACGGUUGUCUUCCAUUUCAACGACUCAAUAUUCUACCCCAAUGCCUACCGCGGCAAGCGAACCGCUCUUCAAGACAUCCAGCUCGUCUACGAGAAAGCCGGCCGCCACGAGAUCGUGGAAGAGCGGGAGCGGUCCUGGAGCGUGGCCAGUGAGCAGCGCAUUGAAAAACUGCGUAAGCAGCAAAGCAUCACUAUCAAGGAUGUUCCACUUUCUACUGUAGUCUGGGAUUUCACCAUGGUCCCGUUCAUAGAUAUGACUGGCAUCCUUGCACUGGGUGAGUUGAAGGAGGACAUCCGUCUCUACUCGGGAAAAGGGGUACAAUUCCGCAUCGUGGGCAUGAAGGCGAGUGUACGUGAGCGGUUUUCCAGGGCACAGUGGAAUCUGAGUGACCUGGAUGGUAGGCGGGAAGAGGGUGAUGACGCUGUCUAUCCUUCUAUGGAGAGAGCAAUCCUGGACAGGGACGGGAAUGUGCUGGAAGCUGUUACUACAGAGAAGACUGAGUAA